AUGCAGAGCCCACGCAAGCCAGAACCAGAUUCCAUCUGCACUGCCAGUGGCAGCCACCUUUCCGAAGAGCCCAAACACUUUUUCCAAGCACGAGAUAUCGGAGCCUUUCCCAGUACCUCCCGAAGCAGCAUUCUUCGGCUGCUGGACGGCGCAGGCUACUGUCGCUAUCACCAGAUUCCCAUCCCCAUCCUGGACGAUCUGGUGCGCAAGGCUCUUUACGGUGGCGCCGGAGGCGGCGCGGGAGGCGCAGACGAGGUUCUCACCUCUUUCUCCGAUGCCAAGGCCGGCAAGGCCAUCGCCACCAGCGACCUACUCGGCCAGAUCCAGCGCUUUUGCGGGUCCAGGGGCAAGUGCACAGAAGACUACUGGGAGGCGAUCCCGAAGGUGGCAGAGGCCCUGAAGAAGGGCCCGGGCACUUGGGACCGGAAGCCCAUGAAGAAGGCCAAGGCCAACGAGCUGGAUGGUCUCCUGGUAAAGUUGGCAGAGCGGCCCGAAGCCAGGAACGAUGCAGUCUGGGCGGCGUUGCGCAGCAUGUCCAAGGAGCUCUUGGACGUGACGCCAAAGUCGAUGAAGGAAUCUUUAGCCUCACGUGUCGCGCUCAAAAGCACCAAGCCGCCCGAUGGGAAGCCGAUCGUGGAGGAGGAGCCCGAGAAAGAGGAGGUUGUCGUGGACGACCUGCCGUGA